AUGUUUGAGGCGCAGUGCCUCAAACAAAAGAUGAAUAGUACUGCAAAACGUUAUAUAGCAAUUUCAGCUAGUACUAGAGGUUACGAUAAUAAAGGAAAAAAAAAUUUAUCUGUUAUUUGUACUUAUCGACCAAAAGCAUCUAUAACAGAAUUAAUGCGAAUAACAAAAUUUCAAAAAGAUGAAUUACAACAUUUAUAUCGAAGUUUCAAACAAGAAUGUCCUGCGGGAACUGUGACCAAAGAAAAGUUUACUAGUGUAUUCUCAGUUAUGUUUCCAAAUGGAGCAUCUUAUAGAUAUAUAUCAUUUUUAUUUCAAAAUAUUGAUCGAGAUAAUGAUGGUAUUAUCACUUUUGAGGAGUUUGUUCUUACUCUUUCUCUACUUGCUCAUGGUACCAUCGAAGAUAGACUUAGUUGGGUAUUUAAUCUUUAUGAUGUAAACAAAGAUGGAAAAAUUAGUCGACGUGAUUUAGCUGAACUAAUUGAGUCUGUGUUUAAUCUAAUGAUUCCUGCUCGAAAGUUGGAUCUAGUUCAUAUUUCAAAUAAUAUUGAACAACGUACAAAUGAUUUAUUUGAGAAAUGGGAUGUAAAUCGAAAUGGUGUAAUAUCGUUAAGUGAUUUUUUAAUGGUCUGUUUGCAGGAUGAUACAAUGAUGAAAUCAAUGAACGCUCUUAAUAAUGAUAUUUUUUCAUGUAUUGAAAUUCGAAAAUGUUAUAAUGUAACAAUUGUAUUUGGUUCAAUUGAAAUAACAUUGAAAAUAACAGAUUGUAAAAAUGUAUCGAUAUCAGUUGUUUGUCGUCGACUUGUUAUCAAUCAAUGUCGUUCAUCAUCAUUUUAUAUUCUUAUACCAACUGGUCCACUUAUGAUUGUUGGUCCUGAUGGUUUUUAUCCAUUAAGUACCAUAUGUUCAGAAGAUCAACAAAAAAAUUAUUUUCUUCCAUUACCUAUUGAAUAUCAAAAUGCUAUUGAUAAACAUCAACAAUCGAUAUCAUUAUUAGUAAAUGAAAUAACGGAUACCUAA